UGACCCCGCGCGCGCGGAGCGGCCCGGCCCCGCCCGGCGAUGCUGUCCCGGCUGCUCCGCGAGCACCAGGCCAGGCAGAGCGAGCGCAGGGAGCAGCAAGAGCGGAGACGGCGAGAGGCCAUUGCUGCAGCCACGUGCCUGACCGAGGCCCUGACGGAUCACCUGAACGUUGGGGUGGCCCAGGCCUACGUGAACCAGAGGAAGCUGGACCAUGAGGUGAAGAUGCUGCAGAUCCAAGCUGCCCAGUUUGCCAAGCAGACAGGCCAGUGGAUCAGCAUGGUGGAGAACUUCAACCAGGCGCUCAAGGAGAUUGGCGACGUGGAGAACUGGGCGCGCAGCAUCGAGCUGGACAUGCGGACCAUCGCCACCGCCCUGGAGUACGUCUACAAGGGGCAGCUGCAGCCCUCCAGCUCCUGAGCCCCCGGCCGGCCAGAGCCCCCGCACCUCUGCCUGGCCGCCAUGCUGAGCCGCCCGCAGGACACCCCUCGCCCUGCUGCGCCCGCCCGGCAGAAACAGUCAGCGGUUUGCCCCCUCGCCUGGGCCACGCCCAUUGCCCGUGUUCCUGCCUUCAAGUCUCUGAGCCUCACCCCCGGGGAGAGGCCCCGUCCUGCCAGCCCGCGGGGGACCCCAGCCGCAGGCGCUUUGCUCUGACACUGGGGGCUGCUGGGUGGAGGCCCUGGAGCCUCUCACUGGCCUGCAGGUCGCCUGCCCCUGUGCUGAGCGGCUCGCAGCAGCGGGCUUGGGCAGAAGGCGGCUGGCUCGGGCAGGUGGGGGGUGAGAUCCUGUCCCCACCCCGGGCUGGUGCUGCAGGGCGGCUUCGCUGGGGAAUGGAAUAAAAUGCAUCAGUUAAGCUGGA